AAAUUACUGUUCGGAGCAAUAAAAAUCCGUUAAGUGCUGGAAAUAAUAAUAAGGCAGCCGCAAAACCAGGCGGCGCGACGGAGAACGCCGCCACGGCAGCAAAAACUAUGAGCGGUGGGAAUGGAGUACGUCAAAACGAAAAUGACAGCGAGACGUCUAGGAAGCCCAGAAAACCUGUAAAAUUAACAAUGAAACAAGGUCUGACGAUGAAUCAAGUCAUAGCGACCUACGCUCUUUCCGAUGUUAAAAAUGCUUUGUGUAAAAAUCACACCGAGGAGUUCAAGAGGGGGCUGAGAGCUUUGGAACCUUGGGCUUUGCAGAUGUUUGACUCUUCGUCAAAAGUUGCAUCAGGCAUCUUAAAUGGUAACUUGGCAGAAUAUGGCGCAUAUAAGCAAUGCCUAAACGUCUACGAAGAUACGGAAUAUGGUCCCAUACGUGGGAGACAUUGCAGCUUUAGGGUAACACCUACCGAGAAAUUGUUAAGUAUUGUUCUUGGAUUUCGAAACGUAUCAGCAAAGAGAUUUGACCUACUGAAGAAAAGCGUAAUGGAAGGUGUCAAACUAAUAUGGUCUGUUUGCGUACCAGAUUCUUGCCAUUUUGAAGACGUGUUCCCGCAUUUUAACAAAAGCAUUGCGGAAUUAACUGAAGGAUUGGACCUAGUUGUGACUUUAAAGAAAGAAUAUUGUAUUUCACUGGAUGAUGAGCCAAAAUUGGACACUCCUGGAUACAUAGCUAUAUUUAUUAUUGGGCUGAUAAUACUAACAGUUGCUAUUUCGACUAUAAUAGAUGCAAUAAGUGAAGGUGAAUCAAGUUGGCUUAUAAACUCAUUUUCAGCGUAUUCGAAUGGAAAACGGCUUUUCUCGACAGAAGCUAAGGAACUAGAAUUAGAAUGUUUGAAUGGUUUCAGAUAUGUAAGUAUUUGUUACGUGGUGAUUGGACACAGAUACAUACACAAUAUGGUUUUUCCCUCUGCUAAUUCUGUGGAUCUCGUAUAUUGGGUUCAACGCUACUUCAGCACUUUGGUCAUGGGUGGUACAGUGAGCGUGGAUACGUUUUUCCUCAUAUCAUCGACCCUCUUGAGCUAUCAUUUCUUCUUAACAGUCACCAAGACGAACAGUUUCAAUUUAAUUCAUUUUUAUUUGUAUCGGAACAUAAGGAUUAUAAUGCCCCUCUCUGUAACCACAGCGAUCUAUGCUACACUCCUUCAUUACCUGGGCUCAGGACCAAGUUGGCACGAUUAUGCUUAUGUUUUUCAAAAACCUUGCCAGGUCUUUUGGUGGAGCACCUUAAUAAAUUUACAGUCCUACGCCAAUCCUGAGACAAUAUGCAUCGUUCAAGUUUGGUACUUGACCGACGACAUGAUUUUUUACUAUCUGUCUCCCAUCAUAACGAUACCUUUAUGGAAGUGGCCUAAAUUUGGAUAUGUUAACUUGGUUCUAGUUUACAUAUUGUCCAUCGUUAGUAGUUUCUGGGUUGCUUGGAGCAACAAAUUCGACGGAGGAAUGCCAAUUACUUCCCGUUUGCUCGAUACCAAAUAUUUUCACAAACAUUAUGUCGCUCCGCACGCCAGAGCAUCGCCCUAUAUUAUCGGUUUGGCUUUCGGUUAUGCAUUAUUCAAGACGAGAGGAAGGCGGAUACGGAUUAAUUUAGUUGUUAACAUAUUGGGAUGGACUCUAUCUUCAGCGGCCCUGUUGUCGGUGGUUCUGGCUGCCCACGUCUUUCACGAGGAGAAUUAUACAUACAACAGAUUAUUUUCCUCCCUGUUUCUAUCCUGCAGCAGGUCGGUGUGGACCUUUGGUGUCAUGUGGAUUAUAUUCUGCUGCGUAAAUGGCAAGGGAGGACCGGUAAACGUUUUCUUAGCUCACCCUGUAUUUAAAGUACUAGGAAGGACUGCAUACAGUGUUUAUUUGUUGCACUAUGGCUUUCAGUCAGCAAUGUCAGCCGCUCGAAAGGUUCCACAUUACUUUUCAGAUUUUCUGACGCUCUACAUGGCAUGCUCGGAUAUAGUUCUAAUGACUUUACUCGGAAUUCCAUUUAGCCUAUGUUUCGAAUAUCCUUUCGUAGGAAUGGCUUCGCUUUUAAUGAAAAAAUCAGGUAAAAGCAGAAAAGUAUUACCAGAAAAUAUGAAGGAAAAAUCGAGCAUUAAAUAGAGCAGCUGGC